GCCCUUCCCCACGUGGGUCGCCGGCCGCGCGCUCCUCUUCCGAGCGACCCCGCGGCGGGUGUGCGGCGAGUGUGUGGCCCGUCUGCGGCGGGCUCCGCGUCGGAUACCCGCUCCUUCCCGCCAUGAACCGCUACCUCCUGCCGCUGUCCGUGCUGGGCACGGCGGUGGGUGGCGCGGUGUUGCUCCGAGACUACGUUGCGGGUGGGGUCUGUCCCAGCAAGGCCAGCAUUCCUGGGAAGACCGUCAUUGUGACCGGCGCCAACACGGGCAUCGGGAAGCAGACGGCCUUGGAGCUGGCCAGAAGAGGAGGCAACAUCAUUCUGGCCUGUCGCGAUAUGGAGAAGUGUGAGGCAGCGGCAAAGGACAUUCGCGGGGAGACCCUUAAUCACCACGUCAACGCCCGGCACCUGGACUUGGCCUCCCUCAAGUCCAUCCGAGAGUUUGCCGCAAAGAUCAUCGAAGAGGAGGAGCAAGUGCACAUUCUGAUCAACAAUGCAGCUGUGAUGCGGUGCCCCCGCUGGACCACUGAGGAUGGCUUCGAGAUGCAGUUUGGCGUUAACCACUUGGGUCACUUUCUUUUGACAAACUUGCUGCUGGACAAACUGAAAGCCUCGGCCCCUUCACGGAUCAUCAACCUCUCGUCCUUGGCCCACAUUGCCGGACACAUAGACUUUGAUGACUUGAACUGGGAGAAAAGGAAGUAUGACACCAAGGCAGCUUAUUGCCAGAGUAAGCUGGCUGUCAUCCUCUUUACCAGGGAGCUGAGCCGGCGGCUGCAGGGCACGGGUGUGACUGUCAAUGCUCUGCACCCUGGUGUGGCCAGGACAGAGCUGGGCAGGCACACGGGCAUGCACAGCUCUGUCUUCUCCAGCUUCACACUCGGGCCCAUCUUCUGGAUGCUGGUCAAGAGCCCCCAGCUGGCAGCCCAGCCCAGCACGUACCUGGCUGUGGCAGAGGAAUUGGAGGGUGUUUCUGGAAAGUACUUCGAUGGACUCAAAGAGAAGCCUCCAGCCCCUGAAGCUGAGGACGAGGAGGUAGCCCGGCGACUUUGGGCUGAAAGUGCCCGCCUGGUGGGCUUGGAUUUGUCUGGUGGUUCCUCUGUGAGGGGGCAGCCCCUCCCCAAAUAACCUCUGGGAGACUAUGAAAACCACGUGGGAGGCUGAGUACCAGGAUGGAGCGGCAAGACCAACCAAAGGCUGGCUGCUCUGUCUGCAGCACCCUCUAGGUGGCAGUAUUGGCCAAGGAAUGCUGACUGCCAUGCCCACGUCACCCUCUAGGUGGCAGUGUUGGCCGUGUGAGCCUCCAGACCACUGCUGUCAUGCCCUCAGCCCCCUCUAGGUGGCAGUAUUGGCCAAAGAAUGCUGACUGCCAUGCCCUCCAAGUGGCAGUGUUGGCUGUGUGAGCCUCAAGACCACUGCCGUCACGCCUUCACCCCCUCUAGGUGGCAGUAUUGCUGCGUGAGCUCAAGGAACGCUGGCUGCGAGAGCCAAGGAAUGCUGGCUGCCAUGGCCACGUCACCCUCUAGGUGGCAGUGUUGGCUGCGUGAGCUCAAGACCACUGCUGUCAUUCCGGCACCACCCUCAAGGUGGCAGUAUUGCCUAAGGAACGCUGGCUGCCAUGCCCACACCACCCUGUAGGGGGCACUAGCGGCCCUUUCCUCAGGCACAGUGGAUGGGGACUGCAGAUGUGCACCUGGCGCAGCUGGUGUAGUGCGCCCCGCAGCCCGCAGGUGCGUGGGGCCGUCAGACACCUGCCUUGAGCGUGUAACUGGGAACUGCUGAGGGAGGAGGCCGCUCCCUCUAGCGUGGCCAUGUCAGGAGAGCCCGUGCAGAACUGUAUGGCUGUUGGGAAAGUUGUCGGCCAGACACGGUCAAGUUCGUGGUUCCCCGUGGGACCGUGCACACGCUCAGUCGCCUUUCUGAGCCUCGGUUUCUCCCACUGUGAAUGUGCAGAGUAACUUGACUACCUCGCA